AUGCAUAUCCUCCACAAUAAGUAUAAUACUAUAUCCUCCACAAUAAGUAUAUACUAUCUAUACGGAAAAUUAUUGUUUCUUCAAAAUAAUAUAAUAUUGUUGACAGAUGAUGGAAAGACAAUAGAUGUAAAAAAAUUAUCUGCCAAGUUUACUACGGAUGUGAUUGGUAGCACCGCUUUUGGACUCAACACGAAUUCUUUCAAAUAUCCGGAUGCUGAGUUUUGCAGACACGGCAACAUGAUCUUUAGGCCUGCUCGUUCUUUUGAGAUAUUCAUAUCAGUUUUCAUGCCAACGUUAAGUCGUAUGAUUGGUCUGACGUUUUUUGGCAAACAGACGGAUGCAUUUUUCCGUAAAGUCUUUUGGGAGGCGAUCGCACAACGCAUAGAAUCCGGCAAGACGAGAAAUGAUCUCAUUGAUAUUCUUAUCGAAUUGAAAAAUGAUCACGGUGACAAAGAUAUUGGAGGAUUUAAAUUUGAUGGGGACGAUCUAUUAGCGCAAGCUGGAAUUUUCUUCGCGGCCGGUUACGAAACCUCCUCGACAACGAUGUCUUUCACGUUGUACGAACUUGCAUUACAUCCUGAAAUACAGGACAAAGUGAGGAAAGAAAUUUUUGAGGCGAUUAUUGAAUGUGAUGGAAAAAUUACAUAUGAAAUGAUCAUGUCAUUAUCGUACCUCGAAAUGGUGUUCCUUGAAGUUUUGAGAAUGUACCCACCAUUAGAAUAUUUACAACGUACAACUACCGAAGUUUAUAACAUGCCAAAUUCCAACCUUGUACUCGAAAAAGAUACACCGAUCUUUAUAUCGGUCCGUGGUUUGCAUAACGAUCCAAAAUAUUUCCCCAAUCCGGAUAAAUUUGAUCCGGAGCGAUUCAAUGAGGAGAACAGACACAAGAGGCCGAUGUGCGUGCAUCUUCCAUUUGGAGAUGGUCCACGUAGGUGUAUAGGUAAGAAAAUCGAUUUUAAUUUAAAGAUUGAUAUAUUAUGUUAUGUUCAAAAUUAG